UUAACCUAAAAAUUGCCGUAUGGUUGUGAUAGGCUCUGACGUUUAACGUUUUAUUAUUGCAUCAGCAUAUUGUAAGUAAAGAUGGUUUUGGAUUUGGAUUUGUUCCGUACCGAUAAAGGUGGAAAUCCGGAUAAAAUCCGUGAAAAUCAGACGAAGCGUUUCAAAGAUGUUGGUCUGGUCAAUACCGUUAUAGACAAGGAUGCUCUCUGGAGGCAGCUCAGACACAAAGCAGAUCAGUGGAACAAGCUGAAGAAUGUGUGCAGCAAAGAAAUUGGUGACAAGAUGAAGAAGAAGGAACCUCAGGGAGAUGUAAAUGAAGCUGUACCAGAGUCUGUUGUUUCCCAAUUAGAAAAUUUAACUGGUGAUCUCAUGAAGCCUCUGACUGUUAACCAAAUAAAGAAAGUUCGUGUUUUAAUUGAUGAAGCAGUUAUUAAAAAUGAUAAUGACUUACUGCAAACUGAAAAGGAGAGGAAUGGAGCACUCCGGGAGGUUAGCAAUCAUCUGCAUGAGUCUGUCCCAGUCAGCAAUGAUGAGGAUGAGAACAAGGUUGAAAGAACUUUUGGUGAUUGUGAAAUGAGAAAGAAAUAUUCACAUGUUGAUCUUAUCCACAUGAUUGAUGGCAUGGAUGGUGAAAGAGGUGCUGUUGUAUCUGGUGGAAGAGGUUACUAUUUGACUGGUCCUGCAGUGUUCUUGGAAUAUGCAAUUAUCCAAUUGGCUCUUAGAACUUUGCACAAAAAGAGUUACAAGCCAUUAUACACUCCAUUCUUUAUGAGGAAAGAGAUUAUGCAAGAGGUAGCGCAAUUAUCACAAUUCGACGAGGAAUUAUAUAAAGUUGUCGGAAAAGGCAGUGAAAAGGCCGAUGAUAAGGAUGUCGAAGAGAAAUAUUUGAUCGCAACAUCCGAGCAACCGAUUGCCGCUUUCCAUCGCGAUGAAUGGAUUCCGGAAAAUACGUUGCCGAUUCGUUAUGCGGGUAUUUCAACUUGUUUUAGGCAAGAAGUCGGAUCUCACGGACGCGAUACUCGUGGUAUAUUCAGGGUGCAUCAAUUCGAAAAAGUGGAACAGUUCUGUUUAACAUCUCCGUUCGACAACAAGUCUUGGGAAAUGAUGGACGAGAUGAUCGGUAACGCCGAGAACUUUUACAAGGCCCUCGAAAUUCCAUACAGGAUCGUCAAUAUUGUGUCUGGAGCUUUGAACCAUGCCGCUUCCAAGAAACUGGAUCUCGAGGCUUGGUUCCCGGGAUCCGCAGCGUUCAGGGAACUGGUGUCCUGCAGUAACUGCUUGGAAUAUCAAGCGAGACGUCUUAUGGUUAGAUACGGACAGACGAAGAAGAUGAACGAAGCCACAAAUUACGUUCACAUGUUGAAUGCGACGAUGUGCGCCGCAACUCGCGUAAUUUGCGCAAUUCUUGAAGUUCACCAAACGGAAGAAGGCGUUAAGGUUCCUGCCGCUUUGAAGGAAUUCCUGCCGGAGGAAUACCAAAAUAUUAUUCCGUUUGUUAAGCCUGCCCCUAUUGAUGUCGAAGCUAAUUCUAAGAAGAGCAAGAAGCAAAAAGAGGGUAUGAAGAAGGCCAGCGCCGGCGGAGAAUAAUUUAGUUUCAAAUUAGUUUGAUCAUUGAUGGAACGCAUUUAUUUAUACUUUUUAUCGGUUCAUUCCAUGAAUCCACAUUUCUUUAUACAAGCGUAAUGCAGAAUAAUAAUAAAGUUUACACCGCCUAUUGUCGAAGUUCAAA